AUGGGAGCCCAGAAGUCCACAGGAGUCCGGGAAAGUAACUUGAAUCCAUUAAUGUUUCAUUUAACCACUUUAUGUUUUCUUAUACUUGGCUGUUAUUGGACGAAUGCAUAUCCUCAACAAUAUCGUCAUCAACAAGAACAACAUCCGAAUGAAGCAGAAGAUCUAUGGGAAAAAAUGCCUAUAACUCAUGACUAUUUCAAACAGUUGUAUACGGACAAUGAAGGAACAUCAUUGAGAGACGACGUGAUUGAUUCAUCAUUAGAUGAAAAUUUAAAUCGUUGGCAUUUAUUAGAAAAACUUUGUAAAUUUUACGAUUGUCCAAUGACACAACAUCGUCGUGAUAUCAUUACUGAACAAGAUGAUCCUAGACAUAUAAUCUAUCAAUCAAAUCAUGAUUUAAAAAAACGUUUAUCCAGUCUAUUUCAUGGUAUACCAAAAUUUGGUAAAAGAACAUUUUCAGCAGCAUUUACCGGUAUACCAAAGUUUGGAUAA